UUUGUGCACAGGUAAGUUUUUUAAGCAUAUUUGAUUGCUUUCUGCGUGUCCCUGGCAGUAGAUGUGUGACCAUCUGAGGUCCCUUCCUGAACAAUGCAUUGUGGUGCAACAUUGACGCCUGUGUGCCGAGGUUUCACGUUACAGGUUAUCUGCGUUAAAGGAACAGCAGUCCUGAGGGUUUGAGUCAGUUUUGAAAACUGCCCUGCUAUUGGUAGGGACGCGACAGGAUUACAGCCAAGACUUCCCUGCAUUUUCUGCCAAAAUCUGUCAGAUUUAGGACACGUACUUCUGCAACCUUCCAUGAGGGUUGUGAAAAAAAAAAGUUUGAAUCCAGAAUUGGGUUCCAGGCUUCUUGUAGCUGCUAACAGCGGUGGCUGCACCACCUCCUUACAAAGCAACUAGAACCCGGGGCAUAGGGUGGAGAGGGUUUCCUUUCCUUCCGGAGAAUGCCUUUUGAAACAGUUUUCUCUAGCUGCCUGAUGUCAACUGCUUGGUAAUCAGUGGAUAUUAAAAUCUUCAAAAUGUACAGACAGUGGGCCGUGGUGAAUAUUUUCAUGAUGUCUUAUCUGCACCUGGCACAGGGCUCCAGUUACGAACAUGGAACGGUGAAGCGGGCGUCUCGGUCAACCUUAGAACGGUCUGAACAGCAGAUCAGGGCGGCCUCCGGUUUGGAGGAGCUGCUGCGAAUCACACACUUCGAGGACUGGAAGCUGUGGAGAUGCCGACUGAAGCUCCCGAGUUUGACCGGUACAGACUCCCGCUCGGCUUCCCAUCGGGCCACCAGGUUUGCGGCCACUUUCUACGACCUUGAAACCCUAAAAGUUAUCGACGAGGAAUGGCAGAGAACCCAGUGCAGCCCCAGAGAGACAUGCGUGGAGGUGGCCAGCGAGCUGGGGAGGAGCACCGACACGUUCUUCAAGCCCCCCUGUGUGAACGUGUUCCGGUGUGGGGGCUGCUGCAACGAGGAGAGCCGCGUCUGCAUGAACACGAGCACCUCCUACAUUUCCAAACAGCUCUUUCAGAUAUCAGUGCCUUUGACUUCAGUACCUGAAUUAGUGCCUGUUAAAGUUGCCAACCAUACAGGUUGUAAAUGUCUGCCAACGGCUCCCCGCCAUCCAUACUCCAUUAUCAGAAGAUCCAUCCAGGUCCCUGAAGAAGAUCACUGUUCCCAUUCCAAGAAACUCUGUCCUAUUGACAUGCUAUGGGACAGCAACAAAUGUAAAUGUGUUUUACGGGAGGAGAAUCCACUCAUUGGAAUGGAAGAGCACUCUCAUCUCCAGGAACUCGCUGUCUGUGGGCCACACAUGAAGUUUGACGAAGAUCGUUGUGAGUGUGUGUGUAAAACCCCGUGUCCCAGAGAUCUCAUCCAGCACCCGGAAAACUGCAGUUGCGUUGAGUGCAGAGAAAGCCUGGAGAGCUGCUGCCAGAAGCACAAGAUAUUUCACCCAGACACCUGCAGCUGUGAGGACAGAUGUCCCUUUCACACCAGAACAUGUGCAAAUGGAAAACCAGCAUGUGCAAAGCAUUGCCGCUUUCCAAAGGAGAAAAGGGCUGCCCAUGGGCUCCACGGUCAAGAAAACCCUUGACUCCGCUUUUUCCCAAGGUCUCCAUCCCUGACAUUUUAAAUGGCACGCUGCUUUGCCAAGUUGCUGUCACUGUGGUUUUUUUCCCCAGGUACUAGGGGGAAGAAAAACCCUCUAUUUUAUCUGAUACCACAGUGUAUCCAGACCACCCUUCCAUUGCACACCAGCUGGGAUUUCCUGGUUCACUGACAGAUAUCUUCCACCUGAAGAUAUCCCUGCACUGCAAGGAAUGGAAAGGAGGGAACCUGUGUAACCUUUGUUUUGGUUUUGUUUUUUGGUUUUUGGGUUUUUUUGUUUUUGUUUUUUUUGUGAAUGAGAAAGGUUUGAUCAUCA